AACACCUUUUGUUCUAGAAUCAGGUGACUUUCUUCUUCAUCUCAUCUUUGAGUCUCCAACGCGGUCUUCUCGUCUGUCGAUUUAUUAUUUAAGCCCCCAAAGUUGACAACCUUGUCCGCUCUCUCUCUCUCUCUCUCCUAUUUUCUAUUGAUCCUCAACAACAACAACUCAACCACCCUUCUGAUCUUUUCCCAAUUGAAACUUGUAUUCUCUCUGCAAGGGCGUGUGUUGAUGGGGCAGCAAUCGUUGAUCUACAGCUUCGUGGCGAGUGGGACGGUGAUCCUAGCGGAGCACACCGACUUCAACGGCAACUUCAUGAGCAUAGCUUUGCAGUGCCUCCAAAAGCUCCCUGCCUCCAACAACAAGUUCACUUACAACUGUGAUGGCCACACCUUCAACUACCUUGUCGACAAUGGAUUCACAUACUGUGUAGUGGCAGUGGAGUCUGUUGGUCGGCAGAUUCCAAUGGCCUUUCUUGAACGUAUCAAGGAAGAUUUUACUAAAAGAUAUGGUGGAGGAAGAGCUACAACAGCAACUGCUAAAAGUCUUAACAGAGAUUUUGGACCAAAGCUAAAGGAGCAUAUGCAAUAUUGUGCGGAUCAUCCAGAGGAGGUUAGCAAACUUGCGAAAGUGAAAGCUCAGGUUUCUGAAGUCAAAGACGUUAUGAUGGAAAAUAUUGAGAAGGUUCUUGAUCGUGGAGAGAAGAUUGAGGUUUUGGUGGAUAAAACUGAGAAUCUUCGCUAUCAGGCACAAGAUUUCAGGCAGCAGGGAACCCAGUUGAGGAGAAAGAUGUGGUAUCAGAAUAUGAAGAUCAAACUAAUAGUUCUCGGUAUCAUAAUUGCCUUAAUUCUCAUUAUUGUUCUCUCUGUGUGCCACGGCUUCAAUUGUGGUGGAUAAGUCUUCUCGCUUCUCAAGAAUUGUCACUACGUGGGAUUUUUUGAAAUUUAAUACGUUUACAUAAAAACAUUAUAGAUUUGUUUAUUGUCCAAUGUCCAAUGCUUUCAUGUAAAAAAUAUGGAAAAACAGAAUUGCGUGAGAGGAAGGGAAAUCAAUACUGUGAAGGUAAGGUGCAUACCGGUUGGAUACUUUGGCCUUUUUUCAUUUCUGUAGCCUCUCCAUGAACUCUGGAUUGUUUCAUUUAUAGAAUUGUAUAAAAUAUGAUAGUCCUUAUCCUUUGUUAUAAUAAGUAUGUGCAGCAUAGUACAGUGCUUUAAUAUGCCGUUUUUUCUGCCAGUGGCAUUUUCGUAAUUUUUUAUAUAUGGUCAUUUUGAAUGGAUGUUGGUUGUAC